GUUUGAACCUGACACAGCAAGACAGCAGCCAUUCCUGAGCUAACCUGACGGAGUUAUAGAUCUUAACAUCACUGCCCACUCCCCACCAAACCCCUAGAUGGCGUAUUCCACCAAAACUCUUGCUGCUGGCUCGUUUGGGAAGGUAUACAGGGAGAAGUACAAUGACACCUGGGCUGCAAUCAAGAAGGUGCCACAACACUUAAUCAAUAGGAGAGACCUGGAGAGAGAGUGUCAAGUAUACAAUAAAGCGAUUCAUCCUAACAUAGUGAAGCUUCUGGGUAAUCCAACACUCAAGGACUCCAAGUGGAUCAUCCCCAUGGAGUUCAUCUUUGGAGAGGAACUGGAGACAACCAUCUUCAAAUCACAAAAAUCUAAAAUACAGUUAACUCCAUCUAUAAAGGCCACCAUCAUCACAGGCAUGUGUGAAGGACUGCUUCACCUACACAGCAAAGAUAUCGUACAUCAGGACCUCAAGCCUGAGAACAUCAUGGUAGAGCAUGACACUCACCGACCUGUGAUCAUUGAUAUGGGACUGGCCAAAUUCUUCCGCAAUGGCCUAAAUUCUGCCGUGGAUAUGGGCAAUGAGGCCUACUCUCCACCUGAGGUCCUGCAGAGGAGGGGCCACCGAGACCAGCGUUCAGACGUGUGGGCUAUGGGUAAAAUCAUUGCUGAACUCUGUGCCAGAGUCAGGCUGCACACCCCCAGUGUCUGUCCGGCUAAGAUCCAGGAGAUCCUCAGUCUCCAAGGACAGCAGUACUGUAACGCUGUCUGUAGGAUGGUGCAGAGCGACCCCACAGUGCGAGCCACCAUGGCCGGGAUCAUGCCAGAGAUACGAAGGGCAGUGGGAGGUGGCAACACCGGGGAGCAACAAAGAGGACAUCUUCCGACACCCUUUCCUCACACUGAGAUAAAAGUAACAUCGCCACGUCCUCAAGCUCCAGGACAGAAUUCAACCCCUCUAUCAAGAGCUGAGUGCGCAGCCUCACCAAGGCCUGAGGUCAAGACGCUAGUGCGAGCUCCUGUGCGAGCGCCUUCUCCAUCGAGAUGGGAGCGUGCAGCCUUGCCAAAGACUGAGGUCAAGACUGAGGUCAAGACAACACUGCAACCACAACCCGUACAGCGUUCACCUUCCCCGUCAAGGUGGGAGCGUGCAGCCUUGCCAAAGACUGAGGUCAAGGCGACACUGCAACCACUACCCGUACAGCGAUCACCUUCCCCGUCAAGAUGGGAGCGUGCAGCCUCUCCAAAUCCUGAAGUCACAAACUCACCAUCUCCCCUUCCAAAGGUAGACAAGGGUAAUGCACUGGUUCCAUCAGGCAUGGUUCAACCCAGUCAAGAUGUCCUGAAACAGCUUCUCUACGACGAGGCCUUGAAGGGUCUCCCAUGCCCACUCCCAACAACGGGCAAGGUGCGAAUCCGCCGUUAUGAGCAAAGGAAUGGGGAAGUGGAGACUUGGGAGCAAAAGGAGGUGGAGACUGAAGGAGGGAGGAUAGUCAAGUUUGAGGAGGUGAUGUUUAACAACAAGUCAUAAGUAGGUUAUUGAGAGGUUGCGAGUUGAUUUGACUCUGCUUCUGAAAUAGUUGGGAGUUGAUUUGACUCUGGUCACUACCCUUACAUCCUUCAUUGUAAAAGUCUGACAUUUUUAUGGAGAAUGGGAAGAGUAUAUUUGGGAGGUGGGACAAACUAAUGGAAGUGCCUAAAAACAAAGUGGCACAAUAUCCCACUACGUGAGAGCCCCCCCCCC